AUGGGUCUCCUGGCUAUUGCUCCUAAUGGUAGAUUAGCUAGACCACUGGCAAAGCAAGCAGGAGGAAUUCCAUUCAGGUUCACCAAUGAUGUGGUUGUAGAUCAGUACAGUGGUAUAGUAUAUUUUACUGACACUAGCACAAGAUUUCCAAGAAGUGCAUUUGCUUAUGUGAUAUCGAGUGGUGACAAUACAGGAAGGCUAUUGAAAUAUGACCCAUCGAUUCAUCAAGUAACGGUCCUUCUGGAUCAUCUUAUGUUUCCAAACGGAGUAGCACUGAGCCAAAAUGGGGAUUUCUUGCUUGUUACUGAAACCACAAGCAGUAGAGUGUUGAGGUAUUGGCUUGAGCCAUCCAGGGCUAGCAAGGUUGAUGUUUUCACACAACUUACAGGAAGGCCAGACAACUUCAAAAGAAACCAACAAGGUGAAUUUUGGGUGGCAACUGACUCAAGAGAUGGGAUUUUUAAUCCACUUGGAAUGAUAAUUAAAUUGAGUCCGGAAAGUGACAUAUUGAAGAUAAAAGGAGCUGGAAAUGGGAUGACAUGGGGGUUUAGUAGUGAUGUAAAUGAACAUAAUGGAAAUUUGUGGAUAGGAUCAGUACAAGAGCCUCAUGUUGUUAGACUAACACUCUCUAACUAG